UGAGUGCGUUCCGGCAAGACACUGCUACCGUAGCGCUACGGUAGCGCUACGAUAGCGCUACACGAGUACGUUUCGGCAAAACGUACCGCUACAACUGUAGCGGAACUUCUUCCUCUUUAACGUUGCUUUCAUCUGAUGAAUCAUCGAACAAUAUGUCAUUCAUGAGCCAAUCUUCAAUAUUUUCCAUUCUAUUCGUUUCAAUUAAUUUUGUAAACGAGAUAAACGCGACUCUUAUAAUUCAAUUUUGAGGUUAUGCACGCUAAUGUAUAUAUGGCACCGCUACAAUUGUAGCGAAAAAGCUGUAGCGCUACGGUAGCAGUGUCUUGCCGGAACGCACUCAUUAUCAGUAUCUUGAUUUGAAGCAUUGUGAUUGGUCCGCCAUUUUUUCUCUAAUGACGUAGAAAUAUCACGUGAUAUCGUCAAGUAUCAGUUGCAUCACUGGUUGCAUCAGCUUUUCUCAGCAAGUCGUACUGUGCGUACUGUGAUCGAAAAGAAAAUAAGAGCAAAAAAUAUUCUCAAGAAUAAAAUAUUUUCAAGAGAAUUUUUAUAUUAAGAUUAUUAGAUUUAUUAUUGCCUAUAUAUAAUAUAUUUAAUUAUUGAAUAUUUCAUGAUACAAUAUGACUGGUUGUACAGCUCCUGGCUGUACAAAUUCCGACAAAAAAGGAUUUGUUAUGAAAAUUUUCCCCCGAGAUCCGACUCGGCGUGCUCAAUGGGCAGCAAAUGUUGGCAGAGAAGGCUGGACACCUACAGAUAGGUCAUUUCUGUGUGAAGUACAUUUCUCAUACGAUAUGUGGGAAAAUAAACGAACUGACGGAAAAAGAAAGCUGAAAGGUAAUGCUGUGCCGACAAUAUUCGGAAGCGAAGCAAAGAUGAUCAAAAGUUACCAUGAAAACAUCCAUGCUUCAUUUAAUGAUGACGUGGAUUGUGUUACGAAUGAUUUGUCAGUGCAAAGUGAAAAAGCCCAAAAUGAAAAAGAAAGUAAUGAUUGCAAUGAUAAGGAUGAACUACAAUUGGAAAGUGCUGAACGUAAAACAUACGAUAGUAAACUUAAAAAUAUAUUACGUACAAUAAAAAAACAGAAACAAAUAAUAUGUGGGCAAGCACGUAUAAUUAAAAAUCAGAAUGUCAAACUAGCAAAAUAUAAAAAAUGCGUGCUUAUUACACGACGUGACUUCAAGGCACUAAAAUUGAAAAAACAACAAAAUAUUAAUUCAGCUUUGUUAAGCAAGCUACAAGAAAUCUUCACUAACGAUCAAAUUACAGCUUUAAAAAACAAUAGAAGAGUACAGAAGUGGACCAACGAAACGAUUAUGAAAGCACUUCGAUUAAGAUUUGCUUGUGGCAUCACUGGUUAUGAAGAACUCCGUCGUCAGAAAUUUCCUUUGCCAGGACUUCGAACAUUGAGAAGAAAAGUGGAAAAUUUUAAAUUUAAAAGCGGAAUUUCAGACGAUAUUUUCAAAUUUUUAAAAUUGAAGGUAUCGAAUUGGAAUGAAAUUGAUAAAGAAUGUUGUCUAGUAUUCGAUGAAAUCAGUAUUUCAUCAGGGAAUAUUUUCGAUAAUUCCUCCGAAAGUUACAUUGGUAAUGUAACUUUGCCAGGACACACAGAGCCAAAUCAAUUGGUCUCACCGUAAAUUCGAUUACUUCCGAUAUGGGAUCUGGCAAUCAGGCUUUGUGGAAAACAUUGGGGAUAACAGCGGGAAGAUAUGCCAGAAUUGUUACUUACAUCACACAUCCAUGUGACAGUAAUCGUAAUUUGUAUGUUAUCGCGGAUGUACCCCAUCUACUAAAAAAUUUGAAAGCAUGUAUUCUAAAUAAUAAGUUCAUCAUACUACCUACAAAUAUUGUACAUAAAUAUAAUUUGCCAACAAAUAUAAUACGGGCAAAACACUUCGAAGAAUUAAUUUUAGCGCAAAAAGAAUUUCAAUUUUUAUUAACGCCAAAAUUAAGUAUAAGCGAUGUCGAUACGAAUAAUAAUUUUGCUAAAAUGCGUGUCAAUAAAGCAAAAAAUUUGUUGAGUCAUGAAGUGAGUACUGCUUUGGAAUUUUUAGCCGAUGAAGAUUCAACACCAGAAUACAUUACUACAGCAUUUUUUGUCAAAAUAAUAGUAAAAUGGUAUACGGUUAUGACUUCAAGGCACUGCAACAUUUCUUUGGGUACAAAAGACUUGGCAAAAUAUAAAGAUACUGUUUCUUUUUUAAAUGAAGUUAUAGAGAUAUUUAGUAAUCUUCAUGUUGGUAACAAAGGAGGUUUUAAACCUGUU